AAAAGGUAAAGAAAAGUACAAGGACUGCACAAUAGGCGAGCUGGAAUGCAGAGUCAAAGUGAAGUGGUUUAUGACAAUGUGUAUUAUAAAGAUAAUCAAACGGAAAAGAAGCAAGGGAAAUGCAAGAAGCUGUUACCAGUUUUGGUGAUUAUCCUUAUCUUGACGGUCCUGAUAUUGUCUAUCCUGAUUGGAAUCCUGCUCAUAUUCUACUCCGCUGUGUCUGAUGAACUACGAGAAAUGAAACAGAACGAAUGCCUCCUCUGGAAAUCUUGCCCCAAUGGUUGGCAAAAAGCCGGAUAUUAUUGUUAUAAGAUCACAGACAAUGGUGUGACAUGGAGAGAGGCCAGUGACUUUUGCAAUAAAUCAAGCUCCACACUUGCCAUCAUAUCCAGCGAGAAAGUAAUGACUGCCUUAUAUUCACUUCUGAAUGACAAACAAAGAUACUGGAUAGGUCUUCAAAAAGAUAAUGGCACCAAUGUGUGGAAGUGGCAGGAUGGAACAAAGUUGACCUUUACCCACUGGGAUGACAAUGAGCCUAAUAAUUACAAUGGAAUUGAGUACUGCGGAGAAAUCCGAUAUUUGGGCUGGAAUGAUGCAUCCUGCGAUUCUGAAAAGAACAUUAUCUGCAUGAAAACAUUAAGCUGCUGAAACCCAUUUUGUGUUAUGAUGUAUUAAUAACAUGAAGACAGUAGUGUGUUUUGAGCAACAUCCAAGGUUGUUGAUCCAUAACGUUGACUUUGAUGUUAUAUAUACAUAGAUCAAUUUUAUUAUUCAUUCCUAUGAGUGAGUGAGUGAGUGAACAGCUGGAUAUCUGUAUGUAGCUGUUAGACUAAUGCAUUCAGUUUCAAAAGAAUCACGAUUCGUUCAAAUUUUGAUCAAUCGCCGAUUUGUCCCAAAUACCAAAUAUCAAAUCGGUAUUUGUAUGAAUAACAAAACAAAUGACAGUCAAGAUUUGGAGUUCCUUUGUGGCUUCAAAAAAAAGAAGAUUUUUAGAAAGAAAGAUGACUGAU